UUAGCCACUUCCGUCCAGCCCAUGAACAUAAAUGGGCGGAUGGGAGCUGUGCAGGAGCGGGUUGCCGUUCAUAAACGGCGCCCGCAUUUUUAAGCUGUCCGCGUUUCCCAGGGAGGACUCGGCACCGCGAUCCGGUGCCCGCUGUGUCCAGAGAACACAGCGGAACACCAAUCGCUGUACAAGACCUCUAUGCGAGGUCCCAAUCAUGUGAUCACUGAUUGGCCAAUCAGUGAUCACAUGAAGAGUAGUAAGCAUGAUGUCACUUCUGACAUCAUUGCUUACUACGUGUGAAAUCUGUGAAUGAUCAGAGGUCACAUGGUACAAGGCUAUUCACAACAGCUUUGUACCAUGUGACAAGCUGUGCCCAAUCACAGGUCACACAGUA